AUGGAAUUGACCGCUGUAGCACUGAAGCUUGCUGAUUCCUUGCUGGCUACUCGUGCUCGCUUGAAGGUAGGGUACAAGAACAACAUUGGCAAUAGGUUGAAGGUGAAUAAGUACUACGAUCUUGUCACUGGCUUCUAUGAAUAUGGAUGGGGCGACUCAUUCCAUUUUGUUGGCAGAGAUCCGGGUGAGACUAUCCGUGAAGGCAUUAAGCGGCAUCAGCAUUUUAUGGCACUACAAUUGGGGCUCAAGAAGGACAUGAAGCUCAGCACUGAUAACUGGAUUGAACAACGACUACCAGAUCUCAAGGGGCAAGGGGACUUCAUGAACAUGCCAAUAGCUGAUAACACCUUUGAUGUGGCCUAUGCAAUAGAUGCUACAUGUCAUGCACCAGAUGCGCAAGGCGUCUACAGUGAGGUCUACCGUGUGCUGAAACCUGGGCAGUGUUUUGCACUAGCUGAAUGGCGCUUGACUGACCGAUUUGAUCCAAACAACGCUAAGCAUUUGACCAUCAAGGCUGAGAUUGAGCUUGGCGAUGGCCUGCCUGACAUCCGUACCACUCGCCAGUGUGUCCAAGCUAUGAAAGAUGCAGGAUUCGAGGUGUCAUACUCAUGUGUUAUUAACCGGUAA